ACCAAACCAAAGGCCCAGUUAGGUCGGCCCAAAUUAAGUAACACAGUCUACUCGGCCGGCGAAGGCGGUGGGCACUCUCCCCUCUCUGCUCGCCAGUCGCCGCCUCCGGCCUCGUCGCCACCCACCAGCUCCGGCCGCACGCCUGCACCCCUCACCAGCGUCGCCUACCGCGUUAGUCGACUCGGUGAAGCCAGUUCCGUUCGCCACCUCCGAUCUCGUCGCCGUCCAUCCGUUCCGGCCGCACGCCUGCGCACCUCACCAGCCUUCGCCUCCGUGACAGAGUCUGACGCCUCAGUGAUGCCGCCAAAGGUGACCAUUGCCGCCUCCAACGAUGCCGUGCUGCCUGAAGACAUGCUGCGCCACAUCCUCGUGCGCCUCCCGGCGAAGACGCUAUGCCUCUUCCGAGCAGUCUGCCCAUCCUGGAGGUCCCUCCUCUCGGAUCCGCUCUUCGUUGCAGCGCACAAGUCCCAUCACCCCGAGCCACUAAUCGUCGCAUGUAACUGUGAGAUGUUUGAAAGAGGCACCAUUAACAUUAUGGACUUGUCUGGCCAUGUUGUUAAGCGGAUAGCCACCACCAUGAAGAAUGCCAGGAUGGUGCGCACACGCCGGCUGGACCUUAUUUGUGUCACCGGACAUAAGGGCUGCCAUGUGAUCAACCCUGCCACGGGCGAUACUUUUGCAUUGCCCAGUUGCCGCGCAAAGGAGCAUGCACAUGUGCAACAUUUCUUUCCAGAAUCAUUUGACUUGGGACAGGUUGUCACCACGGGAGAAUACAAGGCCCUACGCUGUGUUAGCAUCGAUAAUUUUGAUCAUGAGUCCAGCCCGAUGCCUGUGAGGUCAUCACCCUUGAUGAUGGUCGCAAUGCAAGAUGGAGGGGCAAACAGGGCCCUCCGGCCCCUGUCACAAGUAACCGUAACAGAAGUAUUGUUGUCAAAGGAGUCGUUUAUUUCUUGUUGGAUUUUCUAUACAAACGUUUUACGUUUUCUGGGGUCCGUGUCAAACCAGGUAGCAUGGCUUUGUUCAACCUUGAGACAGAGGAGUGGAUGGGGAUUGUCCAAGGACCAAAGCCAGUGCGCAGCUUUGUUAAGGACAGCAAUGGCAGGAUCGCUAAGACUAUAUAAUCCAGUUACCAAGACUUACAUUGAUUUUGGGAUGAGAAAUUCCACAUCUGUUGGUACUUACACUGGAAGUCUGUUGUCUUCAGAGAGCACCUUCACUUCUGUGCUCUACAGCUUCCAGCUUCCGCGAGGAGCUGCAUGCGUUCGGAAGGCUGUGGCUGCUUCUCCUCAUGCUGCAUGGGCUGGCGCUGGUGGCUGGUUUGUACGGCAGCUCGGGAUAAAUGAAUCGAACCGGCUGAACGUUGCACUGCCUGUGGCUGCUAUUUCACCCUCGAAGCCGGCCAACAUGAUGUAACAUGUCAAAAUUGUAUGUAUGAAGCCGUGUUUGCACGGCAUUGAACUUCUCGUGCAUCUUUUCUCUAUGGCCCAUAUUGGCUUUAUGCGUACGUGCACGGCGUUUCACACCAUCCUUGCGUUUGGAAGGCUGCCGCCUGCCGGUGAACUUUGGCAUCCAUAGGCUUUCGCCAAUCACCAAUGCCAGUAGACAAUUUCAAGUAUGAUCCAACAAAUUUAGUUCUCAAAUGUCAGCCUAGUUGGGUUUUAGAGAACACUGUUGCUAGUAUGUUUUUUCUUCUUGAUGAAGCUUAUUUUGGAAUAUAUAUAUAUAUAUAUAUAUAUUUGUUAUGCAAGAAAAUAUGCUUUGAUCUUGUGAUUUCCUGAUGCAAUGUCAAUAUGGCCUAGUGCCUGACAUGUGGGCCUGAAAACAGUGGCACCACCUAGGGACUGACAUGUGGGCCCAGUUGGUCGGAUUGGCUAUUCCCCUGUUUUGGAAAUCCUGUGAUCCAAACAAGCCUACCUAUGUUUGGUAGAUUUGGGCUUGUGCUAAUUGUUUAAACCAGUUCCACUCCCACUCCACCACUCCCUAGCUCCAUCCAUGGCGUCGCUGGCCACCAGCUCCUGCCUGCUCCUCCUCCUGGCGCUCCUCCUCCCCCUCGCCGCGGUCGCCGUGCCGCGCAGACACCGCUUUCCGUUGCUCCAGCUCGCGCCGGUCAACCCUUCCGCGCCGGCACC